CUCAUCUUCUAACUCUUUGUUCUCUAAGAAGAAAAAAUGGCAAUCAUCAAAACAAACACAAAGAGCUCUCUGCAUCAUCGCAGCAACAGUUUUCCCUCUACAUCUCACCCACUUGUUUCACAAUGUGAGGAGCAUUUGAGAAGAUUGAAGGGUUCUGAAGCCACCACUUCAUUAUCUUCAUGUUCAGUAAACGAAAAACUUAAUGGCAUGCAGGAUUUGCAUGACUUUAUUGAUGAGUUGCUUCAAUUGCCUAUUGAACAACAAGCCUUAGCACAAGAGUGCAAUGAAAAAAAGGUUGAUGACCUACUAGAAGGGUCUCUUAGGCUCUUGGAUAUCAUUAGUACAGCUCAAGAUUGCCUUCUGCAAUCAAAGGAAAGUAUGCAAGAAUUACAGUCGAUCAUCCGAAGGAGAGGCAAUGAAAUGCGAUUCGCAGUUGAGGGUGGAAAAUACUUGGCAUUGAGGAAGAAGAUGAAGAAGCAAAUGCGGAAGGCCUUGGAAAAUUUGAAAGCAAUGAAAGACGAGUUAAAAGCUUCUUCCUCAAACAAAGACAACUCCUCUUCACCCAUGUUUGGCUUCUUAAAAGAAGCAGAAGCAGUCACCCUGAGUUCACUAGAAUGUGUGUUGCUGUUUAUCUCUGAAGCAAAAGGACUCUCAAGGAACAGAAGAUGGUCAGCAAUAUCAAAUUUUAUGCUGCCUAAAAUAGCAGUUUGUGACACUCAAGAAUCAAACACAAAUGAAUUUGAAAAAUUGGAUGUAUCUUUGCAGUCUCUCAUCAGUCACAAGGCUUCCUCUACUGAGAAUUUUCAAAGGGAUGUGGAGAAUUUGGAGAUGUGCAUUCAGGAUUUAGAAAUAGGAGUUGAGAACCUAUCAAGAAAAUUGAUUAGAAACAGAGUUUCCCUUCUUAACAUCUUCAACCACUGAUCAUGAUGUCUAUGCUGAUGUUGUGGACUCAAUUUUCCCCAAUGAGUGUCACACAAUGUACAUGAAAUGUGAUUAAAUCUGUUUUGUUUUUCCACAGAAUAUAUAUCAUUUAAGUACCAAACUAUUGUUGCUUCAA